CAAGGAUGACCGACGAGGCACUGCGCCGGUAUAACUUUGGCCGCGCGUCGUCGCGCUGCGAGCUGGUGUACGGCGCCGAGCGGCCUGGCUACGUCCACCUCACGCGCGACCAGCCAGCGACGCCGCGCGGGCCCGACGUCGACGACGCGAUCGUGCAAAAAUGGAUUGGCUUUAUGCAAGCGGCCGGCAUUGGCCACGUACUGUGUCUGUUGACCAAGGAGGAGCUGCGGUUUUACGCGAGACCGCUCUUGGAGAGCCUCGGCGCGAGCUUCGGCGACGCGCACGUGACGCACGUCGACGUGGCCAGCGCAUGGCAGCUCGCGACGCUGCUUAGCUGCUUGGCGCGCGCGGUGAACGCCAACGAAAAGAUUGUCGUCUUUUGCUCCACAGGCCAAUCGCGCACUGCAAAUGUCUUGGCGCUGUGGUUGCACCGCCAGCACGCCUUGGGUAUUGCCGAGGCCAUCAAUGACGUCGUCGCGUUUGCCCAAGAGGCUCGGACGACCCGAAAACCACGCGUGCCCGACGUGAUCCAGCUGCUCUUGGGCCACGGAUCAUCAACCGAGACCAGUUCAACGCCGCCACCACCACCACCCAGCGCGCGGCUCAACUCGAGCCGUCCAAAUUCAAGUCGGCUGGCGUCAUCCAGCUCCAUUGGCCUCGGCGACGAGUCGGUAGACUGGUGCUUUCUUCACAUGGGCGGCGCGUUGGACCGUCGCAGUGUCAGCACUGGCAGGUUUGGCGAAAAAACGCAGCUUGAGAUUGGCGACUCGUGCGUGCGCCAGAUCCUCAGCGUCGGUCACUACAGUCGCGGCUACGAGGCCAUCUCGGUCUGUAAACGCGAAGGCGCCGACAUCACCCUUGCCGAUCGCAAAGCGCUCUUGGCGGCCCUCUUUCGCACGUCGGCGUCCCACGUGGUUGUGACCCACGGGCUCGAGACGCUUCUCGAGUCGGCGCGCUAUGUGCAGCAGAACCUGCCGACGUUGCCCAAGGUGGUCGUGUUUACGGGCGCGACACUGCCUGCGACGGAGACGGCGUCAGACGCGACCUUCGCGCUGGGCUUUGCCGUCGGCGUGUGCUCCACGCUGCGCCAUGGCGUGUACAUCGCAGUCCAUGGUCGCGUGAUGUCCGCUGCGAGCUGCCUCCGGAACGAACGCACGGGCUUUUUUGAAGAGCUGCGGAAAUCCAAUACUACUGCAUGA